AUGUCUACGCUUUCCACCUCACCUGAAAAAAAGAAACGGAUGAAAAAGAGUAGUUUGAGGCAAAUUGCAGUUAGAAUAAAUGAAAUGGUUAAAAAUGGACAAAAUAGGGCAUUGAGCUUUGCUGAGAUUUUGGAAAAAGAAGAGGUUAUGAGCUUUGCUGAGAUUUUGGAAAAAGAAGAGGACAUAGAAUUUGCUUCAAAUAUGGUACAAAAUCUCAACAGUAUACUUAUAACGUCGCCAGAACUUUUAGAUUUAAGAAGAAGAUUAAAAAACUUAGAGGCAAAGGACGGACAAGUGCUGUUUACAGCAUUGUAUAAAUCAUGGUGUCAUAAUCCAGUUGCAACAUUUUCACUUUAUCUCAGAUUACAACUACUUGAACCAGACAAAUACCCACAUUUGGUAAAAUGUUUAUAUGGAUUAUUGAUGUUAUUACCACAAAGUAGUGCAUUUGCAAGUUUAAAAAAUAGAUUGACAAGUGUCAGUUCUAUGGGAUUUUUACAUUUGAUACCAAAAAGUCCAAACGAUUCAAAAAAAUCAAUUAGUAAAUUAUUAUCAUCAAGAGGUGAAGGAAUUAAGUUUCAAGAUUUGUUAACGCAUUUUAAAACAGUUCAAACAAAACAUGAAAAAGUUCGUAAACAAGCUCGUACUAUUCAUUUUAAGAAAGGUGGUGGUAGUACGCAUAGAAGAAGAAAUCAUGAUUAA